AUGGAAAAAGCGCCCGGGGUGUCUGUCUUCCAAACAGCGUACUCUACGUUGAAGCGGCCCACCACCGCAGCAGUGUCGAAAAUGCUCCACAAGUUGGUGGCCCAGUAUCCCCAAGCACCGACGAAAAAAAAAAUCGGGGCCGUGGACUUGCAGCGGCUCAUCGAAAAAGCCACCAAAUGCCAGAAAAAAGCCAUGACGUCACAGCAGACGCUCGUCGAGGCACUCACCACGUGGGCCACGGAUUUGCCCAACGAGGACGUGGUCACCAUGAUGCGUGAUUUCACGGACCUCAUCGAAAACGUGGGCUUGGCGUUCGCCACCCAGGCCGACCGCUUGAACUCGUUCAAGGUCAAGUUGGGCGCCAUUGCCAGCCGCGAGGAGCGGCAGCAGUUUCUAUUGUCCAUCCACGAAAACUUGCAAAAGCAGUACAACGACACCGCGCUCAAGCUGGGGCCCCAGGCCCAGCAGUCGACACUCUACUUGGACCAGAUCGAGGAGAGCGAGUACAACUUGAAGCUCAUUGAGCAGCAGUUGGCCCGCACCGCGUCUGUCAAUUUGAGGGCGGCCAUCACCGAGUACUUGACCUGGCUCCAGGGCGCUUUGAUCGCCUUGAACCAGAAGGCAAACACGCUCGCGGGACAGAUCCGCGAAGGCGACCCCACGUCGCCCGUGCGCAGAUCGGAGAUGCCGAACUGUGAUCCGUCCGGCACGGGAUUCCCGCUCGACAGCUCGAAAACCAGUCCUUUGAACAUGCGGCCUCCGGAAAACCAUUCUGGGCUGGGGAGCGGAAAGAAGGACCGCAGCGGGUCGGAUGCCCGCAUCGAGACCAGCCUCAGGGAUAUCGCGGAGUUGCUAAAGAGGGAGGAUUUCUUUGCCAGCAAUGUCGCGCGAGAGCACGACGACCUUGCCAGUGGGCUCAGGGACAAGGAUACCAUAUACGACAUUCGGAACUUCGAGGAGAACAGGGAAGGCUGGGGGAUGCAUAGCUGA